GGUUGUUUACACGGAUACAGGCUUUCACUGUAAGCGGCAGUCAUACUUUCUCUCAGUAAUAAAGCCGUUUAAAUCUAUUUUCAUCAUGGGAUGUGACGGCGGAACAAUUCCCAAAAGACAUGAAUUAGUUAAAGGACCGAAAAAGGUUGAAAAGGUUGAUAAAAAUGCAGAACUCGCUGCCAAAUGGAAAUAUUGCGCUCUGAAUCAAGAGAAGUUAAAGCGUCCCAUUGUGGCCUGUGAGCUUGGCAGACUGUAUAAUAAAGAUGCGAUCAUUGAGUACCUGUUGGAUAAGACAGCAGAGAGGCCAAACACUGAGGUUGUGGCUCACAUCCGUGGAAUCAAGGAUGUGAAGGAGUUGAACCUCACUGAUAACCCAGCAUGGGAGGGUGAAAGCAGGAACAUUAAAGGAGAUCGUUAUGAAGACAUGCACUGUGCCAUGUUCAUCUGUCCUGUUGUCGGUCUGGAGAUGAAUGGCAAACACAAGUUUUGUUUCCUGCAGACGUGUGGAUGUGUUUUCUCAGAGCGAGCACUCAAAGAGGUCAAGACUGAGAUCUGCCAUAAGUGUGGUGAUCCUUUCCAAGAUGAUGACACUGUGGUAUUGAAUGGAUCUAAGGAGGAGGUGGAGAAUCUGCAGAAAGCCAUGGAGGAGCGCCGAUUGAAGGCAAAAACAGCAAAGAAAUCAAAGAAGAGCAAAGAUUCAAAGGUCACCUCCAAGCCGCAGGAUUCAACAGGAAACUGUGAGAUGAAAAACAUCUCUGAGACUAAAUCUACAUCGCUGAAUGGAGAGAGCAGCAGCAUAAACGGCAGUGAAACAGCACCCGGUCCAUCAACCUCCGGUGAGUGCUCGAAGACGAUGAAGACCCUCGCAGGACCCUUGAUCGGCAGCAAGCGAUCUAUCCAAGACAUGCGGGACAAAUCUGAGGCCUACAAAUCGCUCUUCACCUCUCACAGCUCUGCCAAACGCACCAAAGACCAGAUCUCCAACUGGGUCACUCACACGCCCUACCACUUUUGAGUGCAUCCUUCCCGGAAGAGUGCACUCUCUAGUGGUCAGGCUUUGGAUAAGCAGUGAAUUACACCAUACUGUCUGGUGGAUCGAUACUUUACUAUUUCUUUUGCAUCGCAUUUUUAAUUUGAUCUUACCCUGAUAUCUUCUGUUGACAGUGUGGUUAUAUUCCAGUUAGGGACAUCCUUGCAUGCCAAACUCUUCAUAGUCCUGAGCAUUUUAUACUGCUCUACAGUUGUUAUAAAAACCUGUUAUGUGGAUAUUCUGACUCUAUAUUUGUUUAUCAGUAGUAAAAGUGUUUUGCAACAAUAUCUUGUUUAUGUUGUGUUGCUGGUUUAAUUCAGAUUAAGGCAGUUAAAGCUAAAUGUUUUGCAUCAAGGAUGUUAUUUAGGAGCAAUAAUACAUGUUUCUAAAGUACUGUGGUUAUCAAAAAUAACGUGCUAUUCAUUGUACUUUUAACUAUGCAUUAUUUGUGAAUGGAAUAAAAGUUCAGUUUGGAAGUGAUUAUGCACAAUUUCUGUAUGUGUUGCUUCAUUUAAACAUGUAACCAUAUGGUGGCAGUAGAGGUCUAGAGUUAAGAGCUGCACCAUUAAUACAUCAUUUAAUCUUUGGGUUUUUCUUUACUUUUGUGUUUAACCUUAAUAUUAUCAUUGAUGUACCACCGACCAUUUAAAUAAAAAAAAAAACCAGA